AUGAUCGUAUCAAAAGAGUCAUUGACUUUUCCGAACACACAGGUAAAAAUGCACAAAGCGAAUGCGCUGAUUUAUGUCCUUUCUUUAAUAUCCAUUAAACCCUUCGUUUGCUUGGAUGAAGUACUCGUAGGACAUUUAAAGCCUUUCGGUCAGCAUAGAAAGCCCGAUGUUGUUACACAAGAAAUCAGUGCAGUUCCGCACCCAGCAGAGUUUUGGGAAACUUAUGUGUCCAAAAAUAAACCGGUGGUUUUUAGGGGAGCCGCAAUACAUUCCAGGUAAAAAGAUUAAUCAGUUUCUCUGUGAUAACUAAGUUAAACACGCAUGAAUUUGUAGAAUUAUUAUCUUUUACUUUAAUCGCGAGUGAUCGGCGAGUUUUUGUUUGCGAGACUCCAUAGUUAUUUGUUUUCAAUUUCAACAUCAGUGGAAACAAAACUUUUCGAAGAAUUGAAGUUGCUGUAACACAGAAAAUAAGAACGGAAAACAUGCCUAGUAUAAGAGAGCAAUUGGUAAGGGAAGAAUAACUGGGAGAAAAUUCAGAUUUUUUGACUGCCUAAGCCGACAAAAAAAAGAAAAUAAGAUGAGUUUCAAUACUUUUCAUUUUAAGUAUUAGGACUGACUCAACUUGUUUCAAGAUACAUACAUGUCUGAAAUUUCAGACUGUCCUUUAUACUUAGAAAAUAUAAUGGAUGGAAGAGGACUUUCUUCCAUUGUGUGCAUGGAUGAUAUGUUGCAAAGGGAACUAAAGUUAUACAAAACCUGGGAAACAGGUGUAUUCUGAAACUAUUUUCAGAUGAAAACAGUAGUAUUUAUCCGUACUAAUAGAUAGGGGUGUUAAUCAGUUCGGCAGCUGUUUUAUUUAUCCAAGUAUAAUGAUUACAUUACAAUUUCUUGAUUACUGAGUUUGCAUUUGAAAACAGACUAUCCCUUUCCAUAAGGAGAGUAAGGAGGCUUCAAAGCACAAAUCUCUAACCAGUUUGAGGUCUUUAAAAAAUCUUGGAAGUGACCAGAAAUAUUUAGUUCAAGUAUAUAGUUUGCUUUGUUUUCUUUUCAUCAUAAGGGCAUAUGAAUUAUGGACAGAAGAAUUUUUGAUCUCAGAGUAUGGAGAUCUCACUGUACGUCUUGAAGCACGUGCUGAAGCAAAUGAUCGUUUACCAGUUGGGGAAGCAGAUAUUCUUGGCAGAGACACGAUAAAGCAUUUCAUACAGAAUUAUCAGACCAUGGAUGCAUAUGUGAUCUCACAGAUUCCACAACCGAUGGAAAGAGACAUAGGAAUACCUCCAUGCUUAAGGUUAAACCUAUAAAUUAUAUAAAUAUACAUAUAUGAUUGUAUACCUUGAGGGCUCCAAUAAAUUAAUUAAAAAGUCUGUUAAUUCAUACUAAACAAUCAACCUCAAAGGUCCUUUUCUUAUAAUUCUACCCCAAUAGCUUUAUAGCAUGCUGCACUUGAAAUCAGGAGUUCUCAGGCCAGUAUUGUCUUCUUAUGCAAGACAGUGUACAUACUCCAAGAGUACCCUGAAGCAUCAUGAUGGAUACAAAAGGAACUGUUAAUGAACCCUAAAAUAAAGUUGUAUCCCAUCUAGGAAAACAGAAGUACCCUUUAGCAGAGAAGUUAAGCCCUGGUGAUAUAAAUCACUCAGUUCAGGAGCAUAUAACUCGCUACCACUCUUGCAAGGUUCAAAGAUAUCUGCAUUUCAAGUCAUUGUGGAAAUCAUUUUCAGCACCUCUAUGGUGUCAUUAAUAAUAAAAGUAAUUUUUAAGGGAUUUCAGGGCUGUUUGAAACAUAGGUCGUUAUGAAAAUGGUAUGAUACAUGUAGGACUCUAAACUCAUGGAAACCUUUUAAAAAACACUUGAAAAAACCCAAAAAAUUAAAGCUACAGUUACCCUAUGUCAGACUCUGACCAAAAUUCUGUUUCCUAAACUUUCCUUCUUAUACUUAUAACAGAUGUAACCUUUCCAGUGUGCAUGUGCAGAAUACUUUUUGUGUUGGAAAACAAUAAACUCCCAAACUUUGACUGUAAUUAAAAAAACUCAAGUUCCAAAUUGCUCUUUAAAAAAUUUACACUUUUCAGAUGUGGUUCCUUUUCUGAGGCUAUUCAAGAGGUCCACUUAUUUCUCAGUGCUCGUGGCGGCAAAACAAAAUUACAUCAGGAUCCCUUUAGCAAUAUACAUUGUAUUUUUAAUGGCACCAAAGACUGGCUUCUUGUUCAUCCAGAUCAAACAGAUCUUGUUUACAUGUCUGAUGAUUCUAAAUAUGAAUGGGGAGGAUAUUCAGAGAUAGACAUUGACUCUGUUGACCUAGAUGAGUUUCCAAAGAUCAAAGAUGUACAUUACUCCAAAGUCAGAAUGAACAAGGGUGACUGUAUCUUCAUGCCUGGAGGUAAGCGUUGGUGUUCACCAAAUUUCAUCUACAAGAGUUGAUAUCCUUUAAUUUAAGAUAAAUUUUAAAAGAAAAUUUAAGACAACUCUUUAAUGAAGUGCUGAACAGCACAUGUAAAUAUUAGGUAGGAUUUCACGUGGUUUAUGAUUAUCAUUUGAUAAUGAUCUGAAUGUGAUAAUGAGACAUUUUGCACUAAGACAGUGUAGAUUGAGUAAAAUCUAAAUGAUUAUCAGAUUAAACAAAGAUGUUAUGGUACCCCUCAAAGGUAAGUUGACAGUCUCAACUUGAUACUCAAUCCUUGAUACUAUUGGGAAUUGAGAAUGGAGGCUCAAGUAUUGAGUAUCGCGCAUCAAGGUUUCAGGGACUGUCAACUUACUUUUGAGUGGUACUGUCCAUAGUUUUGGCAAUGUUUUUUAAUUUCAGAAAUUUAUAGUUAGUCUACGGUGGACAAAAUGUAAAUGCUUUGGCAAUGGUAUACAUUUAUCAUUUGUUACCUUUGCUGCUCAGGCUACUGGCACCAAGUGCGUUCCUGGGGCUACAUGAACUCUGCAGUAUCUAUUUGGUUCUCGCAGUUAAAACAGUUCACAGAGAAAGACUGUGAUAAAGUGAACAUUUCCUUUACACCUAUGAAUGAAGUGAGGGUGUUAUGGCAGUACUCUGGGUAUGGGGAUCUUAGUCAAGGCCAUAUGGACAUCUACAUUUUGAAACGCUUUCUGCUAACCUUAGCUGAUAACGAGGGAAGGAUUUGGCUUAAAGAUUUUGUACAAAAAUACUUUCAAAGUGAAAGUAGAAGGAGAGAUGUAAUGAGGAAAGAUGAACAGGAGAGAGUAAUAACGGUCAGGAAACAGAUUCCCAUUACUAGUGCAAUGCCACUUAAAUUUUAGCCAAGAAAUUAAUGUCUCAGUAUUUUGAGCUAGAUGGGCAUGUAAACUUAUUAUUUUACACACCAAGAUAUGCAAUUUUUUUUAAAAUUUAUCCUACCCUUUCUUUACAGUAAGUGAGAUUGUAUCAUACUUUUCAUUCCUUUCAAGUUCAUAUUUGUGAUAAAAUACUUCUUGGAUUUCUGAGGCUUUAAUGAAUUUUAGGCAAAAGUUUUUUCAUACCUUAUCUUUAAAUUCUUUUCUUUGUAAAUUAAUUCACAAACAUUUGCAAUCUGGUGAUGUGUCCACAGCAAUGGAAAUGUUGAGUGCCAAAAGCACUAGGGUAGGGUUGUUGGAGUUGCUGACUUCUUCAACCUUUAUAGGUCAAGUAAAUCAUGAUAAAUGGACCACUAGUUAAAAGUGAAGCCUGCCCUGUACUUAAUUUUUCCAUCUCUUCCUUUUCAGUUGGUUGAAUACCUUGACCCUGAUCACAAAGGUUUUGUAACUUGUGGAUAUAUAGAGAAUCUGACUGUUGAUCAGUUAAAAGAGCUCUUGUUAUUUAUUGAUCCAAAUGAUGUUUCCAACACUGAAGAGUUUGAGUAUAGCCACAUUGAUGCUCCCUACAUUGAGUGAGUAAUUGAUGGGUUUGUAUUUGUCAAUCCCUGUAUUUUUAUUUAGUUGUUAUCAAAUAAUGUUAUUCUACAUCAUGUUAAAUAGGUUAAAUAGGUUCCUUACAGUUACUCAGCUCAAGAAACAGAGGGAAAAUUCACAAAUUUUGCAUGACCCAGUCUAGUGCAUUCUUUUUUCACAGGGCUUUGCUGACAGAGUGCCAUGAUAAGAGAGGAAUCUUUGACAAAGAAAAGUUUAUUUCAAGCUAUGUACAGGUAAGAAUUCAAAGUUGCAUUUUAAAAAUUUGCUCGGAAUAUAGGUCAGUUGAUAUGUUUGACAGCUUUACCAUUUAAAAUUGAAAUGAAAUGUUGCAAGAAUGUGGCUUAAUAGGUACAAAUACACGUUAUUUUUUUUAAUAUUGGAAGCACACUUGAACACUUCACUUUCUCCUCAAAAUAGGCUCAGAUAAACCAUGCUGGCAUAAUUUUGGGCACAAUGCUAUGAUCAGAGCAUUGAACAUAACACUGGCAUAAUAACUGAAAUAUUUGACCAUAAAUACAUUUCUAGUACUUUAAUUUAUAAUGAAGUUUUUGGGGUUAUUUUCAGUAUAUAAUUAUGUUUCAAACGCCAUAUCUGUGUAGCUUUUUAAUUAAGUUCUUAAAGAACACAUAAUGCAAAAUCAUGAGCAUGAUACUAAGUAUGUUUUCUGGGUGACACUAAAAAAGUUAAUGAUUGAAUUUCUGAGCAUAAUAUAUCUAACCCUACCACAAAACCAAAAGAUAAACUUGCACUAAAUAGUAGCUUUACAAGAUUAAAAAGCCCAUCUAGAAGAAAGAUGACAAGUUUAUUGUUUACAUGCAAGGCACAGAGCAUGUUCAACUUGGGGCUACCAAGAAACAGGUCCUGAGUUGGCAGUCAGAGCAAUACUCUAAUUUGCAACCUCUGCAUUGCAAGAGCAAGUUGUUGACUGCUCAGCCAUGCUGCCUUCUUUUGAAACAGAAUUGAAACCCUUACUAAAGUGUGUCACAGUUUUAUCCCUUAGAAAAUGUCUUUAUUCUUAUUUCCUUGUGUUUUUAAAGGGUCUUGGAGGAACUCACUCUAAAGCUACAGAGGUAAAGCACUUAUGGUUGUAUGUGUGGUGUAGUUACUUGGUACAUUAAGGAGGUUCAAUAAUGGCUUAUGUUUAUGUAGUAUUCACAAUAAAAUAGGCACCAGGGGUAUAAAAUGGACUUCCCAAUAAGAGAUUCCAACAUCUGCUUCAUGUUGGUAUUUUGGAAGCAUAUGAAGAUGAACUAUAAGAGAGAAGGUUUUAUGCACCCUUAAAACAUCCUUUAAUCCAUCCUGUGAAACUGUCAAAUAAAUAUUUUUUUCUGCAUUUGUAUGAAAUAAUACUAUUAUUAUUUAGACCAGUGUGGCAGGUUUUUACUCAACAUCAUGUCACCAGUUUAUUCUAGUUGGGAGAGAGAGGCCAUCAUUAUCAGAAUUAAGUCUCUCAAAAGCUCCUUGAAGAAUAACAAUUUAGUCACCCAAGCUGUGGACCUCACAAAUUUAUGCACUUCUUCACGUAUAUGCAGGCCACUUCUUCAUUGCAAAUUUCAAACAGUGAUCGAAGACCCCACAAUUGUAAUUUUUAACUGUCCAAAUAAAAAUGAUCCUCUCUUUUGAGUUUAGAUUGUGGAAAGUCUUGGAGCACACGACAAAGACAUUGCUAUGGCAGAUAUCGAAGGACGCAUUUCAAAAGCCCUGCACAAGUUUUACAGUGCUAAAGAACAUGAUCCUACAUUUGAACGCAAAAUGUAUCAACACCUUCGCCAACAUGAUGAACUUUGAGGACGACAAAGGGGAGACUGUAUUUUCCAAUGCCUCUUUUACCAUCUUUACCUCACUUACCUUUGGAUUUAGUGAAUUUAUUUUCAUUAUAUGAAUAUGGAGUCAUGUCAAAGUCUGCAUCAACUCCAGAUAAUUAAAGCAUAUUUAAAAGCAAACGGUACAAAAAAUAAUAAAUACCCAUCUUCAUGCUUAAUGAUAUUAGACAGUAUACUGUCUGUUCAACUUCACAAAGUUAACAACUGCAAUUUGCCAUGAUCAGUUGUUGCUGUCAAAAUUCACAGCUGCAAAUUUGAAUUUACCACUAAAGCUACCUUAAAUGUAAAUGGACUGUUGAUGAACAGUCUAACUCAUAUUACCUACAGUGACAGUCAAAAUAUUUAUUUAUAAGGUAUAUAGAGUAAAUUUUUGAAGCUUGUGGUGUCAGUACAUUAAAAAAUAUAUGCAC